AUGGGCCCCUGUACCGCCUCCUCAUGCUGCUGCCAGGCCCGUAAUCUGCCAUGGGCCCCUGUACCGCCUCCUCUUGCUGCUGCCAGGCCCGUAAUCUGUCAUGGGCCCCUGUACCGCCUCCUCAUGCUGCUGCCAGGUCCAGAGUGUGUCAUGGGUCCCUGUACGGCCUCCCAUUGCUGCUGUCUCCAUCGCCACACUCUGCCAUGUGCCACUUUCAGGUCUCCUCACACUGCUGGUGGUUUCCAUUUUUGUCAUAGGGUGCUGUAUGGCCUCCCAUUGCUGCUGCCAUCCACCGCCACACUGUGGCUCCACACUCUGGUUUUGGCCCCGUGACUGCCCAAAUGAGUGAAGUGUGCGGUGAUUCUAAGAUCGACGGCACUCAUCUGCAUGUCAUACUGACUGACAGUAUUAUUUCUCUUCCCCAGCAGACUCCAAGGGCAUUUAAAUUAAAGGUACAGUGUUCUGCACUAAUAUAA